AUGAGUCGGGUGCAGUCGGCCAAGAUUGCGCAGAUCAGCAUGCUUCUGCGGGUCCUCCAAGGAGUCAGUGGCGCCAUCAUCCUCAUCUGUCUUCUGUCCACGUAUCGCCCGGUCGUGCUCUCUGACAUAGCGAAUAACGUGGACUCGAAGGAGUACAUCGCCGUCAACUUGUCUCACUUCUUCCUCGCCAUUGCCGCGUCCUUGAGCAUCGCGUACGGGGUGAUCCAGGUGGUGUUUGAAGUCAUCCUGUCGCGGAUCAAGACGGACGCGCUCUUGGAGCGGUGCGCAGAUGCGUUUCUCGCGAGUCUUUUCGUCGUCGUGGCAUGCGUGACGGCACCGAGCAUGGACUGCUCACCGUCCAAGUACCAAAAGUGCACGAACUUCCAGGUCGCGGUCGUGUUUGCCUUCCUCAGCGCCGUGUUGUUCGUGGUGUCCAUCGCAUUCAACGCCCAAUUCAAGUCCAUUCGACGGGGCAACCCCGACGCCACCGAGAACUUGGUCCCGCGAGGUCGCUUCGGAGGUGCAGACGAGUCGGCGGUGCUCGAGUCCCGCCAUCCCAAGAAGCCGAAGAAGAAGGCGGCGGCAGACCAGAGCAAAGACCUGGACGAGGUCGAGCCGCGGGGCCACUUCGGGUCAGUUCGCUGCGCCGACUUCACCGCCGCCAACCCCUCCCACGACGAAUACGCCGAUGAAGACGUGUACUUUAACAGCAGUCACAGGGACCUGCUGGUCAAGCCCACCAAGGGAAGUGUGUAG